AUGUGGAUUCUCGAGCAACUCGCGCGUGUCCUCGACCGUCCGCUCUUCCCAUGGAAGAACGUGCUCGUGGGGUUCUCCCUGGGCCAGUUCCUCCUUGAAAAUGUUCUGGCGGGAGAGGUUUCUCAGAAGGUCUACGACCAAAGUCAGGCAUACGGUCGCGCCAAGUCCAAGUUCGGUUUCAUCUCGGGUCUCUCCGGUCAAAUUCAAAAUCUCGCUUUCGUUUACGGUGAUGUUCUCCCCAAGCUCUGGAGUGUCAGUGGCUUGGUGCUGGCACGAUACCUCCCCGGUCAAUUCCAGGGCGAGAUCUCUCAAACGCUCAUCUUCAUCUUUGGUUUCAACAUCUUGACUACUAUUCUCUCGCUUCCUAUCUCGUACUACAAUACGUUCGUGCUUGAGGAGAAGUUUGGUUUCAACAAGCAGACCGUUGGCCUCUGGGUGACCGACAUGCUGAAGGGUCAAAUGCUCGGCAUUGUUCUCGGAACUCCUAUCAUUACUGGUAUUCUCAAGAUCGUUCAGUCUACUGGCAACUCGUUCUUCUACUACCUGUGGCUCUUUGGUGUCUUUGUUCAGGUCUUCGCCAUCACCAUCUACCCCAUUGCUAUCCUGCCUCUAUUCAACAAGCUGUCUCCCCUGGAACCCGGUGAAAUCAAGACUGGUGUCGAGAACCUGGCCAAGAAGCUCAAGUUCCCUCUGUCUGAGCUGCACGUCAUCGAUGGUAGCAAACGCAGUGCCCACAGUAACGCCUACUUCUACGGCCUGCCAUGGAAGAAGCACAUCGUCAUCUACGAUACUCUUCUCGAGAAGAGCAAGCCGCAGGAAGUCGUCGCUGUCCUCAGCCACGAGCUUGGUCACUGGAGCUUGAGCCACACUACCAAGCUUUUUGGUAUUGCGCAGUCUCACAUGUUCUACAUCUUCGCUCUUUUCUCUGCUUUCGUCAACAACAAGUCUCUGUACCAGUCCUUCGGUUUUGUCAAGGAGCAGCCAAUUAUGAUUGGAUUCCUUCUGUUCUCCGAUGCUCUGGCCCCCAUGGACGCUGUUGUGAAGCUCCUGAUGAACAUUCUGAGCCGCAAGUUUGAAUUCGAAGCUGAUGCUUUCGCCCAGGGUCUUGGAUACUCCAACGAGCUCGCCUCAUCGCUCCUCAAGUUGCAGAUCCAGAACCUGAGCACCAUGGAUGCUGACUGGAUGUAUGCCAGCUACCACUACUCUCACCCCAUCCUGACUGAGCGUCUUGCUGCACUGGGCUGGAAGGGUGGUAAGGUUACCGACCUCAAGGCCGAAGACAGUGAGAAGCCUGUCAAGGCCGCGGAUCGUGAGCUGUAA